CACAACAUGUUUCCACUGACAGAGGAAAACAAACCAGUGGCCCAAUUGUUGCUCAAUUCUGGUACCUGUCCAAGAUGUAUCUUCAGAUUCUGUGGUGUGGACUUUCAUGCACCUUAUAAAUUUACCUCCAAGGAGUUGCUCAAUGAACUACAGAAAUUUCUGAAAACUGAAAAAGAUGAAGUAAUUUUGGAAGUUCCAAACCCACCUUCCAAAAAAAUGCGACUGCAAGAAUUAGAAGAUGGGACUGAAGGGAUUGGUAAUCAGAGUCAGAAUGGAGAUGGAAGGAUCUCACCAGUGGAAGAUGGAAAUUUCACCUCCAGUAACCCAAAUUCAAGUGUAUGUAAUAUAUGCUUAGGAAUUCUUCAAGAAUUUUGUGAAAAGGAGUUUAUUCAGCAGGUGUGCCAAAAGGUUGAGGCCUCUGGGUUUGAAUUCACCAACUUGGUGUUUUCAGUCUCCUUCCCACCACAGCUGUCAGUAAGAGAGUAUGCUGCAUGGUUGCUGGUAAAACAGGAAAUGGGAAAGCAGAGUCUGUCGCUGGGAAGAAAUGAUAUAGUUCAGCUAAAAGAAGCCUACAAGUGGAUAACUCACCCCCUGUUUUCAGAGGAACUGGGUAUUCCCAUUGAUGGAAAGAGCUUGUUUGAAGUGAGUGUGGUCUUUGCUCACCCAGAAACAGUUGAGGAUUGCCACUUCCUACGUGUAUUAUGUCCAGAUUGUUUCAAGCCGGCCAAAAAUAAACAGUCAGUAUUCACUAGAAUGGCGGUUAUGAAAGCUUUGAAUAAUGUCAAAGAAGAGGAUUUCCUCAAACAAUUUCCUUGUCCUCCAAGCUCACCGAAAUCUGUUUGCACUGUUCUUGGAAUCGAGUGCGCUCAUGGUGCCGUUUUCCUGGCUGGAAGAUACAAUAAAUACUCCAGGAAUCUUCCACAGACUCCUUGGAUAAUUGAUGGUGAAAGGAAAUUGGAAUCUUCAGUGGAAGAAUUAAUUUCAGAUCAUCUUUUGACAGUCUUCAAAGCAGAGAGUUUUAAUUUUUCAUCAUCUGGAAGAGAAGAUGUAGAUGUGAGAACUUUAGGAAAUGGAAGGCCCUUUGCAAUUGAGCUGAUGAAUCCUCAUAGAGUACAUUUCACUUCACAAGAAAUUAAGGAACUUCAGCAGAAAAUUAACAGCUCGUCUAACAAAAUUCAAGUUCGUGACUUGCAGCUUGUCACGAGAGAGGCAAUAGGACACAUGAAAGAAGGUGAAGAAGAAAAGACCAAGACCUAUAGUGCCUUAAUAUGGACAAAUAAAGUGAUACAGAAGAAAGAUAUUGAAUUCCUAAAUGAAAUAAAGGACUUGAAGAUUGAUCAGAAAACCCCUCUCCGUGUGCUUCACCGAAGACCUCUGGCUGUGAGAGUUCGUGUUAUCCACUCCAUGGAGACGCUCUAUGUGGACGAGCACCAUUUCCGCCUCUACCUCAAGACACAAGCUGGAACCUACAUUAAAGAAUUUGUGCAUGGAGACUUUGGGAGAACGAAGCCGAACAUUGGCUCACUGAUGAAGGUGACCGCAGAUAUUCUUGAGCUAGAUGUUGAGUCUGUCGAUGUUGACUGGCCUCCUGCUCUGGAUGACUAGCUUUGGAAAUAUGGAAACAAGUAUUCUGGAACUCUGUG